AUGACUUCCUGGCCAUUCACAUAUGGCAGCGUCCCUCUGUGUCUCCUGCUCAUAGUGGCUCUCUGCGCUGGAACCUCCCAUCUGGGCGACAACUUGUGCUCGUCGGCUGCGAUUACGUCUUGCCAAGAGUGUCUCCGACGUGGACCGCAGUGUUUCUGGUGCUUCAAAGAGGAUUUUUUGGAUGGAGCUGGCGCUGGACACCGCUGUGACCUCCAAACGAACCUGCUCAGAAGAGGCUGUGGACCUGAAUUUACUGAAUCAGGUGUUAAAGUGGAAGUCGACGCCACUGUCAGUAGCACACAAGUGAACCCAAGAGACAUUAGCGUCACGCUAACGCCAGGUUCUGAGGCUAGCUUCGUCGUCGCUGUAAAGCAGCUACCGCGCUACCCAGUGGAUCUUUACUACCUGGUGGACGUUUCCGCAUCCAUGCAGGAAAAUCUCGAUCAUCUCAAGACGGUGGGCGUAGCUUUGUCACUGCGGAUGGCGGAGCAUGCUUCGGAUCUGUGGCUCGGUUUUGGUUCCUUUGUAGACAAGCCGGUAUCGCCUUACAUCAACGUGCAUCCUACAAAGAUCAACAACCCAUGCAGUGACUACGAGAUCCGCUGCCGACCCGCCCACGGCUUCCACCAUGUUUUGAGCCUGACUGGAAACAUGAGCGAGUUCACACGCGUGAUCAAACGCCAGCGAAUUUCGGGGAACAUGGAUACGCCUGAGGGAGGCUUGGAUGCAAUGCUGCAGGCAACUGUGUGCCAGAGAGCCGUGGGUUGGCGUCCCGAGGCAAAACGUCUGUUGCUCCUGAUGACCGACCAACCUUCUCACCUCGCCCUGGACAGCCGACUGGCGGGAAUUGUGGUACCUCACGACGGCUUGUGCCACCUGGAAAACAAUGUCUACACUGGGAGCACCAGGAUGGAUCAUCCAAGUCUGGGGCAGUUGUCUGACAAGCUGCUGGAAAACCAUAUUUACUCCAUUUUUGCUGUGGAGAAACAGCAGUACAAGUGGUACGAGGAGUUAGUCCGCUUACUACCCGGCUCCUACCUUGGGAAAAUUGAGUUCUUCCAGUCUCCAAACCUCAUUGAUCUCGUAGUGGACUCGUAUAAGAGCUUGCUGACAGAUGUGACAUUGUCAGUGUCGGUGGAUGACGAGGCGUUCGGCAGGUACUGGACGUCUGUGUCACCCGUGUGUCCUGAAGGCACCACCGCGAAAGAACGGAGCUGCUCGGGGGUUCAGCCAAACCAGACGGUCUACUUCAACAUCACCGUCGGCCUACGUUCCUGUCCCGACAAUGGAUCGGAUGAAGACAUCCGAGUGAUGGUUCGCCCGGUGGGCUACAAUGAAUCUACUACUGUGAGGAUCCACGCAAAAUGUCAGUGCGGUUGCGAAUCAACGGGACGCUGCGGCGAGACUCUGCGGUCACCAUGCGAGGGGACGAUGGACACUAACGGUCAUGACCAAAGGUCACUUCAGGGACUUGUUAAUGAAUCAGACUGGAACUGUCGAGCGGAAGGCUCGGACGUGGAUUGUAGCGGUCGAGGAGUGUGCGAAUGUGGGAGGUGUGUGUGCGAGCGUGGUAGACUUGGCAGCGUCUACGGGAAAUACUGCGAGAACGAUGACUUCUCCUGUUCUUAUGAAGGUGGACUACUGUGUGGGGGACAUGGCGUGUGCGUCUUAGGUGAAUGCGUAUGUGAUGACAACUGGACAGGCGAUAGCUGCAGUUGUCCCAUCUCCACAGCGACCUGUCAAUCACCUGACGGUUUGCUGUGCAGCGGGCGAGGCGUAUGCGAGUGCGGCCGGUGCGUGUGUCACGAUCACAAAUACUCCGGAGACUUCUGUGAGCGAUGUCCUGCUUGUCAAAGCUCCUGCGUAUCAAACUGGAAGUGUGUGGAUUGUCAUAUGUCACACGGGUUAAAACAACAAGAGGCGGGACACUGCAACCGAACUUGUGAUACGGAUGUUUUUUACAACAGUGAUGUGAAAUCAGGGGGAAAGCACAUUCAAUGCAUGUACAUUGGUAGUGACAACUGCCGCUAUUGGUUUCAAAUGAGCUCCCAAUCUGGACGGAAUAAGCUUCACAUCAGCACACAAGCAGAGUGUGCCAGUAGAGGCCGAGCGGUUGGGACCUUCCUAAGUGUAUGUGCACUGACGGUUCUGUGCGGGUUGGUAGUGGUGGCAGUGUCCAGGCUGCUUUUGCAGAAAAGAGGCUGGUCGCCAGGGGACGCCAUCAAAGAUGGGGAAUACAACUGCACCAGGAAGGAAUUAUCCUACAUUCCCACAAGCAAUGAGAAGACAGUAACUUACAGGAGAGAACGCCCUCCCGACCAUUCAGUGGAGAUGACCGUUCACGUCAAGAUGCCGCUUGGCGAACCCUGGCAAUGA